AUGUCUGUGUGGCGUUCGUGUUGUGGGAGCUUUUGGGGCAGCAGCUCUUCUUCUGACGUGGGCAGUCAGAGCACUGUGGGCUCUAAGUCGUCUACAUCUAGUGAGUCGUGGAAAGAAGAGGCCAUAGAUGGCGUAGACUCCCCGGACCAGGACUUCCAGCCCCACAGCGAAGCAAGUGCUGACCUACUUGCGAAGAAGUGGAUAACUCACGUCCAAAAGAGAGCGGCCAAGGUUUGGGAGAGGGACCAGGUUCUUGAUAUGCUCCGCACAAUAGCUCAGAGUGUGAGCUACUCCGACGAUCCAAUCCUGGGUGAUCCUUCUCCUGGCGCCCCUUGUGUGCAGUGGCACGGGGACCUCUCGAUGGAACAGGGGUUGCCAGUCAUUCAUGUCCGCAAGACCGGCCAAGAGAAUGUUGUACCCAGCUAUGUGUGCAAGCUCUUCACAUUUCUCUUCGCCGACGAUGAGUCUCUCAAGUUGCUAAAAGAGACGGCUGCGGGUACAGUCAGCAUGAACUGCGGCAACUCGAAGUGCGUACGCUUAUCACACUUCGUUGGAUAUACAUCACAGUGGGCCUUAAAGUACCAGCCAAAGGCAAAGGCGCCAGCUAAGGCCUCAGCCAAAGCCCGCGGAGCUGCGGCAAAGGGCAAUCCCCGGCCCAAGGUCGGAAGAGGCUGGCUUUUAGGCUCUUGGACAAGCGAGUCCAACGCAUCUCAGAGGACCGCCACUCGGGAAUGCGUGAGGGCUGUUAUAUAUAGUUUCAGGAACAUGAGUGCUAGAAUUGUUUGGCGACCCAUGGAUACGAUUCCAAAAACUACGCUACGCGGUGCAUUGCUGUAG